AUCGACUGAAUUUUCACUUUUCCAACAAGGAAAUCUUUUCUUUAUUAAUUUCACCAACUCUCUCUCUCUCUCUCUCUCUCUCUCGUAAUAGCCCUACUGUGAAAUCUCUCGCCCGCGCAGCUCUCAAACCCUUGUCACGAAGAAAAAAGAAAAAAAAGAUCAUUGUGUUGCCAUGUCUCAGGUUGAUAACAGAAAUUCUUCAGCUGCUAAACGUGCAAGAACCGAUGGUGGCCGCAGGGAAGAUGACUGGACCUGCCCAAGCUGUGGCAAUGUGAACUUCUCUUUUAGAACAACUUGUAAUAUGCGUAACUGUACUCAGCCUAGGCCAGCUGAUCACAACUCGAAGCCUGCUGCAAAGCCAGUCCAAGCUCCUCAGGGUUAUUUGUCUGCACCUCCAUUUGUGGGGUCUGGUGCACCUUCCUCCAUGUACAUGGGAGUCCCGCCAUACGGAUCUUCUGUGUUCAAUGGAACAUCUGUCCCUCCUUAUGAUGUUCCAUAUUCUGGAGGUUCAGCUUAUCACUAUAAUUACGGAAGUCGAUUUUCUGGUGGUAGCCCAUAUCGGCCUUUACAUAUAUCUGCGCCCCCUCCUUACUCAAGUGGAUCAAUUAUGCGAAGUGGUGCGGUGUAUGGUAUGCCUCCAAUGAUGGAUCAGUAUGGCCUGGGUUUCCCUAUGAGCCCCUCCAUGGGGCCAAGGCCUGGAUUUUUCCCAGAGGAUAAAUUUCAGAAAGCUGGUGAUGGAACUCGUGACAGUGACUGGGCUUGCCCAAAAUGUGGAAACAUCAAUUUUUCAUUUAGAACAGUUUGCAACAUGAGAAAAUGCAAUACACCUAAGCCAGGAUCUCAGGGUGCCAAAUCUGGAAAGAAUUCAAAACCAGAUAUGCCAGAAGGAAGCUGGAAGUGCGAGAAAUGCAACAACAUUAACUACCCUUUUAGGACGAAGUGUAACAGACAGAACUGUGGUGCCGAUAAACCUUCCGAGAAAAAGGAGUCUCCAUCAGAAACAGCUGAUGCAAAUGAUCAGGUCUGUUGUGUGAUAUGUGUGCAUUGUAUGAUCCUGAACUUUCAACUGUUUGCUCCUUAUGGUCCUAUGUAUAUAUGUAACAGAGCAAAGUUGCUACGUACUCAAAGUUUCUAUCUGAUGAUUUAUUUAGCACUUACUAUUCUGAUCCUCAUGUUAUUCUUGAAAUGCAUGCCUGUCCGUUUUCUACUUGAUCUUGUUUCGUCUUCUCAUGUAUUAAUAGAGUUGUCUACUGUUCCAGUGAGUACUAGGAAUGUCUGAGAAGGUCCAGAGUCGUCCAGCACAUUGCUCAGUAUGGGUGUCUGAAAGUCAGUCAUGUCAUCUCUUCCUGUUGCUGGCGUUUUCGAGUUACCGAGCCUUGUUACAAUUUGUGUCAAGUUGUAUUAACUCUCUUGAUAUCUCGUGGUCUCAAUCCUUACAAACUUGCAUCAUGUGUCUGUCAGAUUGCUUCUGCUAGAUCUUUUGAUCUGGUAGCUAUUCUCUAGGUUUUUGUACUUUGGGAUGAUAGUGGAUCUUAGUGGUAUGAUAACGUACGACUCCAGUAAUGUUGUGACUGUCUUCGAUUUGGUUUUAUUUGCCCGUGUUAUCUUUGAUA